CGAUCACGUGAUCCAACAUAACACGUGACCGGUAGAGAGAUGAUCAUGUGACUUGAUAUAACCGUGUGCGCAGCCGCUUGCCGUCCACUGGUUGUAGCUGUGUCUGGAGGCUGAAUUCAUACAGAAUAAUUCUGUGAUUGAAACCACAGCGAUAAUGAGGCUUCUGAAGGAGACUUUGAGGUUCCUGUUACUCUGGGCCUGUCUGGACUCUACCACCUCACGUAGCUGCUCGUCGUUUUUCUGCCGUAAAUCUCACCGUGUCAGCAGCCUUAAUGGAGACGACCCGGGCUCCCCCCUCUUCCUCACUCCCUACCUGGAGAAGGGCGCCAUAGAUGAAGCUCGCAAACUGAGUCUGGUAGGAACCCUGCCAGGAGCCAAUGUCAAGAGUUACGCUGGAUACCUCACAGUCAACAAGACAUGCAACAGCAACCUCUUCUUUUGGUUCUUCCCUGCACAUGCGGCAGACCCAGGGAAAGCUCCAGUCCUGCUCUGGCUGCAGGGUGGACCCGGUGGCACCUCCAUGUUCGGCCUCUUUGUGGAACAUGGACCAUAUGUGGUGCACAAGAACUUGACUGUCGGUUUGAGGGAUUAUGCUUGGACGAGCAGAUACUCGGUUUUAUACAUUGACAAUCCAGUUGGGACAGGGUUCAGCUUCACUGAUAAUGACGCAGGUUAUGCUCAGAACCAGGAUGAUGUUGGCAGAGAUUUGUACAGUGCUUUGACACAGUUCUUCCAGAUCUUUCCUGAUUAUCAGUCCAAUGACUUCUAUGCAACUGGAGAGUCAUAUGCAGGGAAGUAUGUCCCUGCCAUUUCUUACUACAUCCAUAAAAACAACCCCAGUGCCAAGGUGAAAAUCAACUUGAAGGGGAUGGCUAUAGGUGAUGGACUCUGUGAUCCAGAGCUGAUGCUGGGGGGCUAUGGGGAGUUCCUGUAUCAAACAGGAAUGAUAGAUGAGCUCCAGAAGCAGUACGUUGACAAGCAGACAGACCUUGGAGUUCAGCUCAUCCAACAGAAGAAGUGGGUGGAUGCUUUUAAGGUUUUUGAUAGCUUGCUGAAUGGUGACGUAGAUCCAUACCCCUCCUUUUUCCAAAAUGCUACAGGCUGCACCAACUACUUCAACUACAUGACAUGUCAGGAACCCGAAGACCAAGAGUACUUCUCCCAGUUUGUGACUCUGCCAGCGGUGCGGCGAGCCAUCCACGUGGGAAACCUGACGUUCAACGAUGGCUCGGAGGUGGAGAAGCACCUCGUGCAGGAUGUCAUGAAGAGCAUUAAACCGUGGCUGGGGGUGCUGAUGGAUAAUUACAGGGUCUUGAUCUAUAGUGGUCAGCUGGAUGUAAUUGUAGCUGCUCCGUUGACUGAGAGGUUCCUUCCUACUGUCAACUGGACCGGCGCUGCAGAGUACAAGACAGCCCCUCGCUUCCACUGGAAGAUCCAGCCCACUGACAAGGAGGUGGCUGGUUAUGUUCGACAGGUUAAAGAGUUUUACCAGGUUAUCAUAAGGGGAGGGGGACACAUUCUCCCUUACGACCAGCCGGCGCGGUCCUUUGAUAUGAUUGACAGAUUCUUCUCAACACAGGGCUGGGUAUGAAAGGUACUGGUGCUGGAGUAAUACAGCUGAGAAAUGGACUCGCAAUUUAACUUGAUUGUAAAAACUGAUUGUCACAGACACUAUAAAUCAGCAUAUUGUUUGUGCUUUGAAUUUUAUUGUGCAGCAGAUGACUUUAGUAGAAGAAGCAUCUGUUUUUAACUUUGCCUGCUCUCUGCUAUGUUGCAAAUUAAUUACUGCAGGUUCUCUGAUCCUGAUCUGACCUCUGAACUGUUCAAGUACUAAAAAGUAGAAUGCAGCAGUUCAGUCUGAUUAUCAGAUUAAAUUUGGACUCAUUCAUGGUUUUUUCUGGGAUCUGUGUCAUGCUGCGUUUCAUCUUUAAGCCCAUGCUUCAAGAUCAAACUCAAUGAUAUAGUGCUGUGAUAAAGUAUUUGACCCCUUCAUGUCCUCUGUCUCAUUUUGAACUGCAUCACGUCUUCAAAUGCAAUCCAACAAAAAACAAAGCCAAGGACUAGAACAAAGCCCAGUUAGUUCCAGCCCUGUUGAAUUAUACCCAUAAAUGGACUAUUUAUAGAAACGAGUUGGAAAAGCUUCACCUGUGUUGCGAUGCCAAAAUCAGGAAGUGGUGACUGAAUGUCAUUCAGCAACUUGAGAAACCUCACAACGCUGACUGCAAGGAGGAGGAAUCGAGACAGAACACGGGAAUAGAUCAUCAUAACCUAACCUGUAUUUCUAAGGAUCUGGCAUCCAAGGAACUGCAGGCCUUUCUCACCCCAAUAAAGAGUUCAUGACUCUACAAACCAUAGCCCUGUUUACAUUUGGUCUAAACAGGUCCAGAAGACUGGGGAAGUGUAGUGGGGUGAAGAUCACUGCUAAAGGUGGCUAGCUAAUUAUUGUGUGCAGGGGACAAUUACUUUUUCACUUGGGUGAUUUCAGUUCUUAAUAACAUUUUCUGCUUCAAAAGAAACAUUGAAAGUGGAGAAUCUUCUUGAAAUAAAAAAAUGUUUCUACAUCAGUUUGAAGAUGGAAUUUAUUCCCAUCAACCUUAAUUGUUGGACUUUUGUGACACUGUUUUAAAACAUGUGGCAGCAGAUGUUUCUGAAGUUGUACUUUUUGACUGUCACUAGGGGGCACUGUACUCCAGACGAAUGUCUGCUGUCUAAUCCAUGUCAAAAAAUAAAAUAAAAAAAAAUUUAAAAAAAGAUUGCAUCUAAAACAGUUGGCCAUACACUGUUUUCUAGAAAGUUUAAAUAAUCUGACUUUAGUUCCUGAAAAUUAAUGAAUUGUUCCUCAACAUCUGAAUGUAAACUGCUGGAAAUUAAUUUAUUACACAACAGUUUUGUGGCUCAGAUUUCAUUGGCUCGUAAAAUCUAUCUGAUUUGGAAUUUUGACAGGGUUCCACAAAGAUGUGUGUGUACUGAAGUUUACAUCCAUGUUAUUUUAUCAAGCAUCGGUUUUGAUCAUCAAUUUCCUUUCGUUUCUAUGGGACGUACUGUUGCUGUGCCACUGAGUUCCAAGAACAAUGGGGGGGAAAAGUUACUUGUAUGUUAGAGAACAAGUGCUUUGUUUUCAUACUGCAAUGUACUUUUGGAUGUGUCAAAGAUUAACAAUAAAAUUGAUUUGAUUGCA